UAUCCGCUAAUCCCACAUUGAUGUCCCUGUCUUGUUCUCUGUGACUCCACAACAUAAACAUUACAGUUAUUUUACUCGAGCAGAACGAGUCGCUUUUGAACAUAAGGGUUUCAAAAUGCUCCUGUAUUUUGGAAAAGUCACGAAAAACCACACAGGGAAGCAAAGUAACGUUAUCCUUGUUUAAACCUAAACCCCUUGUCCUCCAUAUUCCUGAUGCUUGGGACGAAAGGAAACAACUGAAGUAACGUUACAUCGGACGAGGAGACUUAAAUCCAAAAAUUGUACGUAUUUUUAACGACAUGAUGGAUACGGUUACCCUAAAUGUUGGUGGCCAUUUGUACACCACAUCGCUGUCUACCCUCCAGCGUUAUCCAGACUCUAUGUUGGGCGCCAUGUUCCGAGGCGAUUUUCCCACCACACGAGAUGCCCAGGGCAACUAUUUCAUAGAUCGAGACGGUCCACUAUUCCGUUACGUCUUGAACUUUUUACGAACCUCAAAAUUGACUCUACCAUGUGACUUCAAAGAAACAGAGCUCCUCCGGAAGGAAGCAGACUUCUACCAGAUAGAGCCCUUGAUCCAGUGUUUAGGUGACACUAAACCUCUCUACCCGAUGGACACCUUUGAGCAAGUGGUAGAACUGUCAAGUACUCGUAAGCUCUCCAAGUACUCGAACCCGGUGGCAGUCAUCAUCACCCAACUCACCAUCACCACCAAAGUUCACGCACUGCUUGAAGGCAUCUCCAACAGCUUCACCAGAUGGAAUAAACAUAUGAUGGAUACCAGAGACUUUCAAGUGUCCUUUACCUUUGGACCAUGUGACUACCACCAAGAGGUGUCCCUUCGCGUGCAUCUGGUGGAGUACAUCUCUAAGCAAGGCUUCACUAUUCGCAACACACGAGUUCAUCACAUGAGUGAACGCGCCAAUGAGAACACGGUAGAACAUCAUUGGACUUUCUGUAGAGUUGCGCACAAGGUUGAGGACUGAUUGAUGAUGCAUUCAUGUCUUUUUCGAACAUUACUGUAAUUGCAAUAACUUUGAGAUUGCCAAUUGAGCAAUCACAUGUUUAAUGAAGACAUGGACAUUUUUUAAUACUAGUUGCGACUCAAAAUUAAGGCAAUUUCGAAAUUACUUGAACACACUACAUCUCCAAUGCAGUUCCAGGUUGAGAUAACCAACAAUAAACACGAUGAAAAUGUUUUCUGUAGUACGUAAUUCGUACAAACUAGUCCUAUUGUGUUUUAUGCAUCUUCCCACCCACUUCAGAAGUUUAUGGACAAAAGGAACCUGAACAAUUUGUGUUUUUCGUUUCUACAAGUACAGUAUACCUCGUUUAAGGUAAAUUCCUUCCUAAACUGUCAUGUCUCCAAAUCUAUUUAUACAACUCUUAAAUGUAAAAUUUUAACAUAUAUUGCAUCAGUGUUAAAUAUACAGUAUUUAAUUUCGAUUUACAAUAUUUCCACAGAUGUUUUGUCCUGUGAUUGAGUCUAUAAACUGUAAAUGGUUUGCAUGAUUCUGUGGUAUCUACACUAUUAGUAUUUAGACAUAUUUCCUCCCUUGAGAUACAGAAAAAUGAUUUGUACUUGCAUGUCCCCCCUUAAUACCUCUUAUGGCCAGCUUCUGGACCAGGCCAAAUCUUGGAGUCCCAACGUCCCAUUUAAAAUUAAUUUUAGUCUCAAAAUGCAUGCAAGACUCAGGCUAGCAUCACUGAAGCUGAGAGCAUCUUUUAAAUGGUUUGAAAACCCAGAUUAAACUGAAAGAGUUCAUUCAUGUGUGUAAUGAAUUGGACCUGCACAUUAAAAAAACAGUAGUUUCAUCAUA